AUGCAGCUCUCUUUCGCCCUGUGUCUGGUCUGCCUGCUGAUGCACACAGCCUUCCAUGUGGUGGAGGCCCAGGGGUGGCCGGCCUUCAAGAACGACGCCACGGAAAUCAUCCCUGAGCUCGGAGAGUACCCCCAGCCUCCGCCAGAGCUGGAGAACAACAAGACCAUGAACCGGGCAGAGAACGGAGGGCGGCCUCCCCACCACCCUUAUGAGACCAAAGACGCAUCCGAGUACAGCUGCCGCGAGCUGCUCUUCACCCGCUACGUGACGGACGGGCCCUGCCGCAGCGCCAAGCCGGUCACCGAGCUGGUGUGCUCGGGCCAGUGUGGCCCCGCGCGCCUGCUACCCAACGCCAUAGGCCGCGGCAAGGGCUGGCGCCCGAGCGGACCCGACUUCCGCUGCAUCCCCGACCGCUACCGCGCGCAGCGGGUGCAGCUGCUGUGCCCCGGAGGCGCCGCGCCCCGCGCGCGCAAGGUGCGUCUGGUGGCCUCGUGCAAGUGCAAGCGCCUCACCCGCUUCCACAACCAGUCUGAGCUGAAGGACUUCGGGCCCGAGGCCGCGCGGCCGCAGAAGGGCAGGAAGCCCAGGCCCCGCGCCCACGGCACCAGAGCCAACCAGGCGGAGCUGGAGAACGCCUACUAG